ACUACGCAAAAUACUCCAGCCAACGGUGGCAUCAACGGAUAGUUCUCAUUGCUCUGUGUCAAAUGAUUCAAAUGGCAGUGCCAACCAAUGAAAUAUGGCCUGUUGAGCGGCCAGAUGGAAUGCCCUCAAUAACAGCAUUAGAAGUGAUGUGCGGUAAAGAUCACAUGGAUGUGCAUCUUUCGUUUUCGGCACCAUUCGAAGGCAUCGUAAGCUCCAAAGGACAACACAGCGAUCCGCGGUGUAUUUACGUACCUCCUUCCACUGGGAAGACGUUUUUCACAUUCAGAAUUUCUUACUCACGCUGUGGUACGAAACCGGAUUUGAACGGUCAGUUCUACGAAAACACUGUGGUGGUUCAGUAUGAUAAAGACUUACUCGAAGUAUGGGAUGAGGCGAAGCGAUUGCGCUGCGAAUGGUUUAAUGAUUACGAAAAAACUGCCUCUAAGCCACCGAUGGUUAUUGCUGAUCUGGACGUGAUUCAACUCGACUUUCGCGGAGACAAUGUGGAUUGUUGGAUGGAAAUACAGCAGGGCAAAGGGCCCUGGGCACCGGCUGUUAGUGGGAUCGUACCUCUUGGUUCCACCAUGACUCUGGUCGUGGCGAUCAAUGAUUUUCGUGGAGAGUUUGAUAUGCGUGUCAAGUCAUGUGUGGCAUCCGAUGGUGCCGGUCAUGUGAUCAAACUAUCGGACGAGUAUGGGUGCGUGUUGCGUCCGAAAAUGAUUUCCCGCUUCCUGAAGGCCCGAGCCCCUGACGAUAAGGCUUCCGUGAUCACUUACGCCUUCUUCCAUGCGUUCAAGUUCCCAGAUGCGUUAAGUGUUCAUAUCAAGUGCAAAGUGGAGAUCUGCCGGCACGGUUGCCUGGACCAUUGUCAGCACAGUGGUACCGUGGGUGCUGGUACCGCGGGUACCCCGGGCAGCUUGAAGCAUGAUCUACUCGAGCGUAAGGACACGUUGAUCAGCCAGAACACGAACAACGUACUGGAAGACUCGGAAGAGGAAAUCGAUUCCGGUAUGAAUGGGCAGGAGGUGUACUACGACGAUAUCAUACACACCGAAAAACACUUCAGCCAGUACAAGAAACCACUGCCUAACCAGGGGGACAGAAAGAAGGACAACUACCACCAGUAUCACCAUCACAAUCGCGAGCCGAUCGACGGCCUUGAAACGCUAUUUUUAAACGACCAUUCCACACUGUCAGCAGACAUCAUGAAGAAACAAUCUCCGCCACCGCCUCAUCCACCACUCCAACAAAUACCCCAGAAAGUUGUUCCUGGUCCCGGUACUCCGAUGGACGACGAUAAGUUCCCGCACGGGCCUCGUCAGAUGGACGCCGAAAAGAGAAUGGGAAUGCCUGCGGUGGCCGGGCCACGAGCACUGAACCUGGAUACCAGCGAUGUACAGAACGAGAGCUACAACCAAGCAGGUUACCGGAUGCGACAACGACGUUCUGUGUAUGUGACAGACCGUAAGGGUCGUGCGGCGGAUAUCGGGGUCAGCGGUAUCUAUGAAGUUAUUUCUGAGGCAGAUCUAGCCUUCAAACCCGACAGUAAGCAGGAGGCGGUUACGGUUUUCCAGGGAAAAAUUACCGAGGAAGUAGUAUACGGCAUUUGUAUGCCUGUUCCAGGGUUCAGUAUUCUUUUCAUAUUGGUCAUUUCGGCAACCAUUAUUUCGACACUUGUCGCUGGCUCUCUACUGUACAGAUAUCAGCUACAGAAGGAUAUCAUAGCGAACCGAUCGCAAGCUCAGAAUGCGCCGAUGAACUCCAUAGCCACUUGGAUGACAUUGCGUCUGUUCCGUUCAAGGCACAAUGCUGCCGCAGUGAGAGGCGCCAGCGUGCGCCCAAUGGAUCUUAGUGCCAGUAACCAGUGAGAUCAGCUAUUGCGCACAUAAAUUCUCCAUAAUUAGUCGUAAUAAUUUAAUUCACCCUCUCUUCGACGAUCCUACGCAUUUCAUUCAUCUCUAAACAUUUCAUUGCCCAACUUUGGUUUCCCGAUGGUAUACUGUUUGUGUUUUUCGUUAACUCAAUGUCAAAUAAUGUCAUCAACUUUUAUAUAUUAAGUUCUUCCUUUUCUCGGGUUUAUUGCAAUAUAUGUUUAUCGAUUAAUUGACUAUUGGAGGAAAUGCAAACCAAGAUAGAAGCAAAGAAAACAUAGGCAAUAGGCAAUUGGCAUUGGAUUUGUUAUUAGUUAGGGUGGUAGUAAAAAUAAAUGGGUAGGCCCGGGAUCAUUGUUCACCUCGGCUGCAAUCUAUAUUAUUGCAAUGAUCGUCAUUACUUAGAAUCGCGAACAUGUAUCUUAGAUUUGAUUUACUUGUUCAACCUAUACGUUUCAUUAUAUGUAUCUGAGGUACUACUUGCAGGCAGACCAAGCGUACCGAGUUUGUGAAACUAGCAAAGAUUAAACUAAACUCCGUUUUAGAGUAUAUUUAUUUAACCUAAACGAUUAGAAAGCAAACGGUUACUGGCCCAAGAUAUAAAGGGUGGUUUGGGUGAACACUGAAGGUUUACC